ACCGGUUUUACUUUCCCGAGUCCAAAGAGAGAGAGAGAGAGAGGAGAGAGAGAGAGAGAGAGGGGGGUGGCCAGAAUUUGUGAACUCUCUUCAUCCUCAAAAAAAAAAAAAAAAUCAGAAAACCUAAGCCUAAUAAUGGCCGUGUCUAGCUUCGCGAGGGCAUUUCCGUCCUUUGAGUGUCGCUCAGAUCCCGAUUUCUCCCGCCCCGAGAUUCCUCCAGCUGGAUGCGGCGGCGGUUUCUCCGGGAAGUCGCAGUCGGCGAUUCUUCGCGGCGGCGCAGCGGCGCACGGCCUCUCCUCGCUUAUUCUGAGGUUUCCGCCCAAUUUCGUGAGGCAGCUGAGCAACAAGGCUCGGAGGAAUUGCAGCAACAUUGGUGUUGCUCAGGUGGUGGCGGCUUCGUGGUCGAACAACCAAGGCGCGUCGGGUUCCACGCCGGCGGCUAAGGCUGUCGAUGCGGCCUUGGCCGCCGUCGCGCCGGUCGAGAUUGAGACCGGCGUUGACGAUGUGGUUCCUGCGGCUGAGGAUCCGUCUCCUAAUGCCGAAAAUGUACAGCCUGAGGGUUUGCCUCCUUUUAAAUACGCUUCAUUUUUGAAUUCCGAUGGCAGCGUUGCCAUUCAUGCUGGUGAAAGAUUGGGCCGCGGCAUUGUUACUGAUGCUAUAACUACUCCAGUAGUUAAUACAUCUGCUUAUUUCUUCAAGAAAACUGCUGAUCUAAUUGAUUUUAAGGAAAAAAGAAGUACAAGUUUCGAAUACGGGCGCUACGGGAAUUACACUACUGUUGUUGCAGAGGAGAAGAUAAGUGCACUUGAAGGGGCAGAAUCAACGAUUUUGAUGGCAUCUGGAAUGUGUGUUAGCACUGUUAUGUUGAUGGCACUUGUCCCUGCUGGUGGGCACUUGGUGACUACCACCGACUGCUACAGGAAGACUCGUGUAUUCAUUGAGAAUUUCCUUCCCAAAAUGGGGAUCACUGCCACAGUUAUUGAUCCUGCAGAUAUUGGAGGGCUGGAGUCUGCUUUAGAGAACAACAAUGUCGCUCUUUUCUUUACAGAAUCUCCAACAAAUCCCUUUUUGAGAUGUGUUGACAUUGAGAAGGUCUCAAAGCUUUGUCAUGCAAAAGGAGCCCUUGUAUGCAUAGAUGGGACAUUUGCAACUCCUCUUAACCAGAAGGCUCUUGCUCUUGGCGCUGAUAUUGUUGUACAGUCUGCAACUAAAUACAUUGGGGGGCACAACGAUGUUCUUGCAGGAUCGAUCAGUGGCCCUGAGAAGUUGAUUUCUGCAGUUCGUAACCUGCAUCAUGUUCUUGGUGGCGCUCUCAAUCCUAACGCCGCAUAUCUGAUUAUUAGAGGCAUGAAGACGCUGCAUCUUCGUAUACAGCAACAAAACUCGACAGCACAAAGGAUGGCCGAAAUUUUAGAGGCACAUCCCAAGAUUAGCCGUGUAUAUUAUCCAGGCCUGGCAAGUCAUCCAGAACACCACCUUGCUAAGAAGCAAAUGAAUGGAUUUGGCGGUGUUGUUAGUUUCGAGGUCGAUGGAGACUUACUAAUCACCGCGAAAUUCGUCGAUGCACUAAGAAUUCCAUACAUUGCUCCUUCAUUCGGAGGCUGCGAAAGCAUUGUUGACCAACCAGCUAUAAUGUCCUAUUGGGAUCUUUCCCCGUCGGAGAGGGCUAAAUAUGGUAUAAUGGACAACCUGGUUCGCUUCAGCUUUGGAGUGGAGGACUUUGAAGAUUUGAAGGCUGACAUUCUUCAGGCUCUCGAGAAAAUAUAGUCUCGUCUGAUCUUGCUGCUGAUUAUUGUUUUGUUCACUUUUUAUUUAUUCUUAAUUUUUUUUUUUGGAACUUUGGUAAUCUAAAGAUUGGUGUUUUGGUUGCUGUUGAAUAUGAAAUUAGAACUGAAUAUUCGUAUUCGUAUUCGUAUUCGACCCAAGUAUCAUUCGAUUGAUAGAUGGGUUAUUAUUUGUUCUUCUAAUAUCUUUGUUUUUUA